AUGGAUGCCGACCUCCAGCUGCACUUGUUUCUCGUGCUUCUCGUGGCUAUCCUGGUUCUGUUCUUGAGGCCCAGAUGCUCGGCCGCUGGAGACCCGAGCGCUAGGCGGCACCCGCCGGGGCCGUGGGCGCUGCCCAUCAUCGGCCACCUGCACCACCUCGCGGGCACUGUCCCGCACCGUGCCUUGAGCAGCCUCGCGCGGCGCUACGGCCCGCUGAUGAAGCUCCGUCUCGGCGAGCUGGUGGUGGUGGUAGCGUCGUCCUCGGAUGCUGCGCGGGAGAUCAUGAAGGUCCACGACGCCAACUUCGCGUCGAGGCCGCUGACCUCCAUGCAGAGGCUCGCGUUCCAGGGCAACGAGGGCCUGGUCUUCGCGCCCUACGGCGACGGCUGGCGGCAGCUCCGCAAGAUUUGCACCAACGAGCUCCUCAGCUCCCGCAGCGUCCAGUCCUUCCGCUACGUCCGGGAGCAGGAGCUCGGCCGCCUCCUGCGCGCCGUGGCGGAGGCCUCGGCGUCCGGCUCGCCGGUGAACCUGACCAAAGAUAUAUCGGCGUACCUCGCGGACUCGACGGUGCGCGCCGUCAUUGGGAGCCGGUUCAGACAGCGGGACAGGUACCUGCGCGUGCUGCAGGACUUGCUGAGGAUCGUGCCCGGGAUGACCCUUCCCGACCUCUUUCCCUCCUGGAGGCUCGUCCCGCUCCUCAGCAGCGUCCCCGGCCGCAUAAGCCGCCAUAGCGAAGACAUGAAGCAGAUGAUGGACCGCAUCAUUCGAGAGCGCCAGGAGGACAGGGCUGCCGACCAAGCCAAAGAGGAAGACUUCCUGGAUGUGCUUCUGAGGCUUCAGGCGGAAAUGGAUUCCCAGUAUCCACUCACCACAGAAAACAUCAAGACGGUCCUGCUGGACAUGUUUGGCGCGGGCAGCGAGACGUCAGCUACCACGCUGGAGUGGGCGAUGGCGGAGCUGCUGCGGAACCCGGCAGUCAUGGGGAAGGUGCAAGACCAGGUCCGGCAAGCAGCAGCACUCGCUGGCCGUAGCACGGUGACAGAAGCCGACCUGCCAAAUCUGCACUACCUGCGGCUAGUCAUCAAGGAGACGCUCAGGCUGCACCCUCCGGUGCCGCUGCUGCUCCCUCGCGAAUGCGAGAAGCCGUGUCAAGUCCUGGGCUUCGACGUACCAAGAGGGGCCAUGGUGAUCGUGAACGCGUGGGCGAUCGGCAGGGACCCGGCGCACUGGGACAACCCGGGCGUGUUCGCGCCUGAAAGGUUUGAGCAGGAUAAGCGGGACUUCAAGGGGACGAACCACGAGUUCCUGCCGUUUGGUGCUGGGAGGCGGGUGUGCCCUGGCAUGUCAUUCGGGCUGGCGCACGUUGAGCUCGCGCUUGCAGGGUUGCUGUUUCACUUCGACUGGAAGCUGCCGGGCAAGGAUCGUCUGGACAUGACGGAGGCAUUCGGGAUCUCUGCAAGGCUGCGGUUUGAUCUUACGGUUCUGGCCGUCCCCCGUGUCCCGGUGCCCACGACGAAGCAGUAA